AUAAAUAUACUUUUGUCUCCAGAUUAGAAGAUCACAAGCUCCAGUACAAAAUAAGACUGAAAUGCCUCAAGUACUGAUCAGAAAAACUUCCAGCACAUAUUUCUAGUCCACAGAAGAUCUGCUGUUCUUUUGAACACUUUAUGCAAUGCAAUUUGUGGCGAUAAAAGGACAAAUUAAGUUCGGAGAUUUUAUUUAAAAACAGAACAACUCUCAGCAGGACAGGCAGCAUGUGUGGAGAGACAAACAGUUAAUGUUGCUUUAUCAGAACUGCAAUGGGGUGAGGGUCGAAAGAAAUGGUAAUGGGACAAGUAAAGAAACAACAAACGGAUCUGAACCGCUACCUCUGUUUCUCACAGAUGCUGCCUGAUAUGCCGAGUAUUCCAGUCUUUUGUGUUUUUAUUUCAGAUUGCCAGUUUCUACAGUCUUUUGCUUUGGGGUUUGAAUAGUUAUUGAGAUGCUCGUAUUUAAGUGAAGUGCUGAGAGGGCCAGAGCAAGUUGCCUGACAGAUCGACUCGCUAACUGAUACCUAAUAUGUUGCAGGGGCCUCAGUAAUACCUUCCUGCGAUCUCCGUUGAGCGGGAGCGGGAUUGCAGCGCCACAAGGCAUCUUUUCGCGUGGAUGACGUUCGUUGAAAAGGGCUGGGCCCCUUCUUGGUGACGUCAGCCAGUGGUUAUUAGACGGUUCGGCACCGCCCCGCUUGGGAGAGACGGAGCGCGAGAAAGAAGAGGAGCCCGAACUCGCCUCAUUCACCCAAAUAUGGCGGGCUUUUCAGCCUGGUUUUGGAACGAGAGGUUCUGGCUCCCUCACAAUGUCACCUGGGCCGACCUCAAGAACACGGAUGGCGCCGAAUACCCUCAGGCCGCCGACUUGUACUUCGCCUUCCCACUGGCAGUCGGCAUCUUCCUCGUCCGUCUGGCGUUCGAGAGGUUUAUUGCCAAACCAUGUGCCUUGAGCCUUAGAAUUCAAGCAAAUGGACCACGCAGAGCACAGCCCAAUGCUAUUCUAGAGAAAGUCUUUACAUCAAUUACAAAGUCUCCCGAUGAGAAAAGGCUCGAGGGUCUGUCCAAGCAGCUCGACUGGGAUGUCCGCAAAAUUCAGCGCUGGUUUCGACAUCGAAGGAACCAAGAUAAACCCAGCACACUCACAAAAUUCUGUGAGAGCAUGUGGAGACUUGCAUUUUAUUUCUAUAUAUUCUUCUAUGGAGUGAGAUUUCUAUGGAAGGCUCCCUGGUUCUGGGACACACGACAUUGCUGGUACAACUACCCAUAUCAGCAACUGGUGUUUGACAUGUAUUAUUAUUACAUAAUGGAGCUGUCAUUCUACUGGUCGCUGAUGUUUUCACAGUUUACAGACAUUAAAAGAAAGGAUUUCCUCAUUAUGUUUCUCCACCACCUUGCAACAGUUGGAUUAAUCACAUUUUCUUACGUCAACAACAUGGUGCGGGUUGGAACACUUGUCAUGUGCCUUCACGACGCAUCUGAUUUCCUUUUAGAGGCUGCUAAAUUAGCCAAUUAUGCCAAGUAUCAAAGACUUUGCGACUCAUUAUUUGUGAUGUUUGGUUUUGUCUUCGUCAGCAGUAGGCUUGGCAUUUACCCAUUCUGGAUUUUAAAUACAACACUCUUUGAAAGUUGGGAGAUCAUUGGGCCAUACCCAUCCUGGUGGGUCUUCAACAUGCUGUUGCUGCUACUACAGGUUCUACACGCCAUCUGGUCAUAUCUCAUUAUACGCAUUGCAUUCAAAGCUGUCGUUAAGGGAAAGGUCUCGAAGGACGAUCGCAGUGAUAUCGAGAGCAGCUCCGAUGACGAGGAUUCCAUGACCAAUGGCACAAAGCUCCACCACCACAGCCCUUGCAAAGGAGCCACCAAUGCCAAUGGGACCAAUGGGCACCUAACCACUGGAACAUGGGUGGGAGACCAUUAGAUGGUGUUCUCAUGGACUCUAAUGUGGGUUAGGCACAGAAAGGACGACUGUAAUGGAAAACUACCCAGCACUGGACAGUUUUUUUUUAAAUGAUAGAUAGGUAUAUAAUGAACUGUGUGUUGCUGCAUGGGAUCUGAGCCCUACCUGCCUGCUCAGUGACGUACACCUGCGAAACGCCCAGGCAUUCUGAUUUCCUUUUUCUGUUUAUGCUUUAGCAAUGUGAGAAAUUGAAGUGCAGCUGUAAAUGAGGAGGAUGGAGCCACAUUGUGGAUUCUGCUGGCCCAUCUCCCGCCCCACCCCCCCAUUUAACCACCUGCACUGCUUAAAAUGGGUUUUGUGCAAUUUGUCGAAUUGCUAAAGGUGGAGUUUACAUUUCUGGCCGGUGUUAUUGCUGUGUUAUAUUUUUGUAAUUUUUUGGGGGGGGCGGGGGGUUGGAAUCGAGGCAAGUGAGCGAGACGGAAGACCCAAGUUUGAACUGGCAAUUGUGUGACCAGUUGCGGGUGGUGGGUAUUCAGUUAAGUGGAGAAGUGAUGCAGGGAACUUCAUGCAAAACAGCAUCAGUGGUUGGUGUCUGAAUUCUUCCCAUCCCUGGCAUGAAUAUUUCUAUACAAAGGAAUUGAGUCAUCUGCUAAAUCCAAAGAAUCAGGAGAGUAAUGGGUAAGGGUCCAAAUUGUCACUUUUGUGGUGUCAUUCCACUGACUGAAUGUUGAAACUGUUAAAUACAUGUGUGUUUGUGUUCUGGGGUGGAACCCCUCUGGAUAUUAACACGGGGUAUUUCUUAGCCUCUAUAUGGAGUGGCCAGUUAACUUCUGUUUGAUACAGGGUAUUCCCAUGUGGUUUGAGCAGCUCACAGCUGGCAAACUCCAAGUGGUGGUCUUUGGCUCUAUGGCACACCAAGGUGAGCAUUGCCCAGUAUCAUCGAAGCAUUGAUGAUAAUCUCUAUUUUAUAGAGGCAAUCUCUAAAGGCUUCCAUUUAAAUUUUUAUUGCUUUCUCUUCCCCUUCCCUGUCACCAGAGUUGGGUUAACUGUUAAAAGUUUUAAGGCCUUGCAUUAUUUCAUUGCUCUGGAGGAAGUUGUAGAUUUUGUUUCUGGGACUGAUUUAAGUCCCAGUCCAAUCUGAAUGAGCAUAGCUUUUUUUUGUGAUGGCAUUUCUUAAAUUUAAAUUACCUUGCAAAGUAAUUGGCCCAACUGAGUUUUUAAUUUUAAAAGACUAUGUUGGAAGGGGCUUUAAUCUGCUGCUAGUCUUGCUGAACCCCUAGUGUACAAGACUGCAUUUGAAACUUCUCCAGACUUCCCUGCAAUAACAGUUAAAGUAUCUCGCUCUAAGGGGAUUGUUUUCAGCAAGAAUUUGUGUGGAAACUGUUCCAAAAUGGUUUGUUUGCAAGUUGCCAAGUUUCUUUUUAAACUUAACUAGAAAAAAAAUGACACUCCUCGUGCUGUGGUUUCAGCUGUGUCAACUGCCUACAUCAGGAGAAAAUAUGGCCUUUUUAACCAAUGGUACUGUCAAGGUCCUGAAGCUGACUGCAGGUUGUGUGAAUACAGGAUUAGGGGAGAUUUGGAGAUAUUUAAGUGAGUUGAAAAUUUCAGUACUGAUUUUUUUUUAAAUGAAGACUUGAAUUGUAUUGAUCUAACACAAAUACACAAUGGAAUUGAGUUUUUUAAUUUCACAUCAAGCUCUGGAAGCCUAGAAGCAGUUUUUGAUUUCCUUGCAAUUGUAACAGCCUUGAGAUUUUUUCCCCUGUGGGAAAUUUUAAAUCUGGAUUUUGGUGUCUUUUGUGUAUAUAAUUCCCACAAGCAGUGCUGUUGGGCUGGAGCCAGGAGAAUGUGUGAGGGAGAGUGUGGUGUCUGCAAGCUCCUGCAGUGAGGGUGUGUUUGAGAGGUGUGGCACCUAUAAAAACCAUCACUUCAGCUGACAGGUUGUCCACAUCUCUCCUCUUUCUGCUGCCACCUGUUUAUAUACUAAAGCUGCCGCCUCUUCCAGCAGCACUUUGGUAUUGUUCUGUGUGUGCCAGUGUCCAGCCUGCAUGGCCCACCUCUUGCCUGGACCUGAUUUUGUUUUUUCCCCUUCCCACCCCACGUGUUUUUGGCCAUGCUUACUACCCACUACUGCAGACCCUAUUUUCCAUCCCUAUCCCUCACCAGCCCCAUCUCCCCCUUUUCCCUCUACCAGAAAAUCAAACCAGUUACAGUGGCAUAUCAGCUGAGUCAGGGACCCAGACCAGUGAAUAAACGCAAGGCUCUCUUGGCUUUAGUGGCACAUUGCCAAGUCCCCAGCACCAAGCUUUCCGACAGCAAUCAGCCCUUCCUUUCCCCCUGUCCCUCCCUAUCAUCUGAGGCCAAUUGUGACUGCUGUAGAAAAUGCCCAUCGCUGACAGAUGUUGACCGAACUUUCAGGUUUUCUUUCUCUAAUGUAGUAUGGUCUUGAUUAGAAUUUACUUACUGAUAACAGAUGUUUGAAACCCUGAUUUUUUUUAUAUAUAUAUAUAUAUAUAUAUAUAUAUAUUUAUAUCAGUAACCAGUAGCAAAGCUAAUGCCUAGGGCCAGGACAUGCUGUCACAAUUGCAAUGAAGGUGAAGUGCGAGGUCUUGGCAUUUAUUUUUGUGUAGUCACUUGCACAAUGAUGAUCCAUCUCCCCUUCUCAGCUAUUGCCAGAUUGAUCUUUGAGUGGAAGCAUAGGCUAACGUGUCAGUACAACUUGAGGCAGCAUGGGGUGCUGCUCUUAAGGUGCAAUACCACAGCCUACUGCUCACUUACCUGGCCGAGCUUGUUGAUGACAGCUGGCUGGUGGAUUGAAUCGCCACCCCGGUGCUAUGUGUCACUCCAAGGUUAAGAGCUGGGUAAGUCCAAAUUAAAUUGGUCCUGAACUAAAUUAGGACUGAAGUCUGGUGAAAACUAGGCAUGCAUCCACACUGCUGUUUGUUGUGGGUGCAGUGAUGUGAUUGGGUGUGGUGUACCAAGUCUGCUUGUCCUCUGGCCUGAGUUCUGUUAGUAACCGCUGCAGCGACCUGUUCUGGAGACUUGGCCUGUAAACUACAGAGACCCAGUUAACACUGUGUUUUGGCUAUUCGGUUCUUGCACUUACACAGGGAAUUUUUAAAUGAUGUGGGUUAAAAUGCUGAACUGCCCUGAUCAAGAUUUAUUUUGGAACAGUUUCUGCAACAGUGAUGAGUUGGUGUAGAGGGUGGGGGGGGGGGGGAAGGGAGAGAGAGAGAAAAUAUUGUCUGUAAAUGGGCUGUGCUGUGUUUAUAGCCUAGCAGCCAAAGUACUGUCUGUUUAGGAUGUGAACUGAUUUGUGUUGCUUUCUGCAAAUUUGAACUCUGUAGAAAAGACCCUAAUUUGGAAUGAUCAUAAAAGUGACGGUUUAGACUCUUUAAAGGACUUUCUGUAGCAAAACAAAACAAAAUGUUCUGUGCUGUUUGACCCACAAACAAUUGUUGGAAUCUGCCCAAAAUCUUUUCAAUGUGGUGUUGCUUUUGCUGACCAAUUUGCAGAGGGUUUUGGGAGAUGCCUUGAAACCAUGUAACCCUUGGCCAAAACCUGAACUGGCCAUUUUGUUCUACUUGCAUUUCUCGUUGAGGCAGAACUUUAGUAAUUAGUGUGUUCAGGACAGGACUGUUUAAAGUCCACUGUAUAAUCCACCCUUGUAAACUACAGGAUUGCUUUUUUUGUUUGGUUUUUUAGCAAUCACAUUCACAAGUAUCAUAAUGAUUUUUUAAAAUUUUAAUCUUCAUUAUGGGGUACAAAAUGAAUGGGAUUUUUUAAAAUUACUAUUCUGAAAGGGCAGGGCAAUUGCAGGUUUAUAGAGGAAGCUGUGUGCUGAGCUAAUAGCAUCUUGCUCUGGGUGAUUUGUGUAGCAAAUCCUAAACUCUGGUGGAUCCUGAACUGUUAAGUAAUACAGCUGGGCCAGUUCAUGGAUUGCUUAAUGGAGAAGUGGGAGGAAGUCCUGAGACUCUGGUUGAGAGCAUUUGAAUUCUGUAAUGUAAAGCUCUGUGUGAACAUUCUACAUUUUAACCCAAAAGGGCACUGGUGAAGGUGACGUCACCCACUCCGGAUCAGUUCAAUUCACAACUGUCUAGAAAAAUUGGGUUGCAGCAGGUCACCAUAUUUGGAUCUCUUCAAGGGAAUGUUAUAGUGGGGAGAAGUACAUUUGGUGUAAAGUACUCCCUCAGAUACAACGGGUAUAUAUCCUGCUUCCAAGGUAAUAUGAUAUCUGUACAGAAGCAGUCUUGCACUGCCAGUUUUUUUUUAUGUACAGCAGACACAGAAAGGAUGUAUCACUGGUUCAUUUUGAGACUUUCUGCUUUGACCUUCCUAGUGCUGAGCUCUUGAGCCUGAUCCAUCAGGCACAUAGUUGAGCUGUUCUGGCUGGUACCUGACUACACACAACCGAGAUCUUCUGAGGCAACAAGGAGCUCCAGCUUUGUGCAAGCUAUUGUUUGGGAGGAAGAGAAAAUACUUUUAUUUCCAUCGCCCCCACAAACACAGGCAUCACUCAAAUGUGCACAUUUGCAAGUUUUGUGACAAAAGCAGAUGGAUGUUGUUUAUUGCUACACGUGACUGAUCAAGUAAUGAGAAUAUGUUGAAAUUUUAUGGAGGGAUACAGAAUUACUGUGUAUGUUCAAUCUUCACUACCCUUUGAACAUGACACCCCUGUAACUGCCAAGAUUGUAUGAGGAACUGUAUUCACUUCUGUUAUCCCAUGCUAGUUGAUAACCAGUGGAGGAAGACAUUGGUAAGGACUCCUGUUGGUUUCUCUUUAGCUUGUGGGGGGGGGGGGGGGGGGGGGGGGGAUGGAAAAGUAUACCCUGUGUAUUAUACAAAGUGGUCAUUGCUCCAGGAAUUCUAUCCAGCCACUUUUUUUUAAGUUCUGAGCUGUGGCAUGCCUACACUGACACAGAUGCUAAUUCGAAUGCCUGUUGACAGCUAUGUUACUUUAAAUGAGGUGGAUUCCUAUGUUUCUCGAUUACACAGACCUGGAUGCUAGCUGCAGUUUACAACAAUAUGUGCAGGCAGCAAAAGCUGGGCUGGAGUUAGGACUCUGACUGUGCUGGAGAAUUGCUGAAAUACAGUAAGUUUAAAACUGCGAACUGGAUCUCAUUUUGAAUAAGGUGACUUUGUGUAACAAUGCUUAUUUCAUUAAAAGAUUUUCAGUUUAUAUCAUUCCCUUGAAUGGAUUGAUUCUGUUAAUUUUUGUAAUGCUCUGCUGGACCAGUCAAACUUGAGAUCACUGUUUGUGAUGUGUAAUAUUGACCUCCUACUGUUUGCUUGUUAUAAUGUUGGCUGUGCUGUUUUUUUGGUAGAUAACUGUGGUUUGGCACUGCAUAUCUCUACAGCAAUUAUGUUCUCCCUGAUUUUUUUGCAGCCUGGUAUUGGUGCCACCUCUCACACUGGUUUGGACUCUGCUAAGGCAGUGGUGCCCGAUUUGGUUUUUUAAUUGAUCAAAAAUGGGAAGAAGCAAAUAGGAUAGAGCCGAUUGUAUUUUCUCUUAAGCAAAAUGCUGCAAGCUUGAUUGGUGACCUUGUCACCUGAUAUAUAACGGAAGUGUAUAAAGUAGGAAGAUCCCAGAAUUGAUCACCAGUGUGGGAGAUAGUAAAACUGACAAAAAGAAAGUGAUGAGCAGAACUGUGCCCUGGCAAAAGUUGGCACCUUCAGGAGUCUGAGCAAAUGGUACCACCCACUGAAACGCAUGCUGGUGUGUUUGGGUUUUGGGGCAGUUUUUGACAUUCUAGAUGCUCCCUUGUGGUGUUGGUGACCGGCUGCCUAAUGGGGGGGAAUAAUAGAGCUUGUUCUGGUGGACAUGAAAUGCAGCCUGUUUUGGUUUGUUCUUGUGUUGAACUGUUAAUAUUGCUAUAGAAUGAUACUUUGCAGCUUUGUCGUGCUCUAUUCAGCCCAAUCCUGCAUUGUAGAUGCUGGCUGAGCUUUUGUUCGAUCUUGGCCGUCACACGAUAGAUCUGGAGGAGGAUUUUUGUGGCUCCACGCUGCCUUCUGAGCCAAACACCCCAGUGACUAGAUCUGAGUGGCUUUAGCAGCGGGAGUGAUUUUAGAGGGGUGGAGGACAACCUUAUUAAUUAAAGUACCGAAAUUGCCUUGCAUUUUAAAUCAAUGCAUCAAAAUUUCUGUCAAUACAGACUCGUGGUUUGCACAAUGACAAGCUGUGGAUGUGUUGGUGGAGGUUCUUCUUGUUAAUUCAAUGUUUUUUUUUACUGGAUACAUUGCAAUAAAAACAUCAUUAAA